UGAAAAACAAUUUACAAAUAGAUAUACUGAUUUCUUGAUUUCAUUCGUAGGAGUAUGAACCUUUUCGACUAAUAAUUUAAACAUUUAGUUAUCAGAAAUACACGAACAAUUGAAAAUUGUAAACCGCAAGGCAUUAGUUACAUAGAUUCUUCAAGAGAUAUUAAAUUAUCUUUUCGAUGACCAUUAACACAAACAAAGUGUAUUUAGAACAUAUUAAAUACAUAUAUUUAUCAACUAUAUUCAUUGUAGUCAGUAAGUAGUUCAUCGUUACUUCAAGAUUAACGUUAUGGACGUUAUCUUCCAGUUUUAAUUACGUUAAGAUUUCAGCGUGUGUUUUAUUAGUUCGAUAGAAUUUUUUGAAUAUGGAUGACACAGAAAAUGGAUUAUUUAUAGGAACUAAAACGCAACUAUUGGCAGCAAUAUCCGGAACACUUUUUGCCAUAUCUGACGGAAUGUCAUAUGGAUGGACAGCUCCCAUGAUUCCCUAUCUUAUCAGUGAGAAAAGCCACAUAAGAACUACAAAAUAUGAAGCCGAAUGGUUGGAAACCUGCUUAAUGGCAGGCUCAUUUUUCGGACUACCUUUGACCAUAUACCUAGUUGACAAGAUAGGAAGAAAAAAGUCAUUACUGCUAGCUGCUUUUCUGUCAUUAUUAUCAUGGAUAGCUGUGGCAUUUGCUACCAAUAUGCCAGUGUUAUUUAUAGCCAGAUUUGUUUUUGGGAUAACAGCUAAUACAUCCUUCGUGGCAGCUCCGAUGUAUGUAGCUGAGAUGGCAGAUCACAAAAUAAGAGGAUUUUUAUCUAGUGUUAUUUAUUUAAAUAUGCUCUCAGGUCUAAUUUUGGUAUAUAGUGUAGGUCCGUAUCUUCCAUUUUAUGUGUCACCUGUCAUAGGCAUAGUAGUUUUAUCGUUAGAACUUUCAGUAUUUCCUUUCAUGCCAGAAACUCCUUACUAUUUAAUUUACAAAGGUAAAAGGCUGGAAGGAAAGAAAUCGUUAGGGUUUUUCAGACCUGGUAGAAAUAUUGAUCGAGAAUUAACUCAAAUUGUGAAAGCUGUAACACGACAAAAAUCCGAAAAAGGAAAUUUCGUAGAUUUAUUUGUUGCAAAAGGAAACAGAAAAGCUAUAACUAUAAUGGCUAUUCUAGACGCCGGACAACAUCUUUGUGCUAUAAGCGUCAUACUAAUGAAUCUUCAUGUUAUUUUGGAAGCUGCUGGAUCAAUAUACAUAGAUUCAUCAAUAGCGGCAAUUAUUUUUGCUGUCAUCAUGUUCUUCUCUGCAUAUAUAUCUUCAUUGCAAGUCGACAAGUAUGGUAGAAGAUGUAUGCUCAUGAUUUCGUUGAUAACAACAGCUAUGUGUUUAAGUGCUCUAGCUAUCUAUUUCCAUCUAAAGUUAUCAGGUUAUGAUGUUCGAGCAGCCAGUUGGCUACCAAUUGUAGCUGUAAUGUUUUAUGCUGCUUCCUUUAAGAUGGGAAUUGGGAUUGUUCCAAUAGUACUUACAGCAGAGCUUUUCCCUGCGAACAUCAAAGCAAUUGGUAUGGCGAUUUCAGAUCUAAUGUACGUAAUUGGAUCAAUAGUCAGUCUUCAGUUGUAUCAGUGGUUAAAUAACUCAUACGGGUUAUAUGUACCUUUUUAUUUAUUCGCAGUCUCUAGUAUUGUAAUAUGUAUGUAUACUUAUUUUUAUAUUCCUGAAACUAAAGGAAAAACUUUAGAAGAGAUUCAGUAUUUAUUAAAAGAUGAACCUAUCCCAAUUACGAACUCUUUAGUGAGUUUGGUAUCAAAUAGUUCAAAAUCUUAUAAUACGUUUUAACACUUGCAAUGAUUUCAAGAAAAAUAAUGCAUAUUUUUUUUAUAUUUUGGGUAUGUAAUACUAAUAAUAUAUUUAACUUUUGUUUAAUAGGAAAAUAAUGAUUUGAAAAGUACUAAACUGAUGAAGAAUCAUUUUCUAUUACCAGCCGAUUCUCACUGAUUGAAAUAAUUGAAAAAUUUUUGUUUGUCCCUUUAUAUUCAUAACUCUAUUUGUAUCAGAAUGUCAAUAUCACCUUUAGUUUUUUACGUGAAUUUCUUCAAUUUUAUACGAAUUAGAUAGUAAUAAACCUUACUCUAUGUUCACAAUUUCAAAUAGUUAUUUUCGAAAUUUCAAUAUUCACCUGAUUCUUUCUACUAACAGUUUUACUCUAUUUAUUAUUCAUCUCCUCCCAUUUAUUCUAUUUCUACUUAUUUGUUCACCCCGGUACAUUUCAUUAUUCAUUUUUUUUGUUCUAGUUCUCUUAGAAGUACAAGUUUUUUGCAGUAAUAUAUUUUCGUUCGUGUAAUAGUUGUAAAUAGUAAUUUUAAUCAUAUAUUUUCUUCUCUGUUUUAUAACUACAGAACAAAAAAUAUCUGAGUGUGUAUAGUCUCGAUUAAACCAUAAUCCUUUUUAUUCUAUCGUUCUUAUGUAGAAUUGAUAAUAUAGUUCCUUAAUCACUUGAAUAGGAACCUAAGAAUUCACUUUUAUAAAUUUACACUCAAUGGCAAUAAGUCCGGAGGUAUUUUGAAUUGUCAAAACUCUACUUCUUUCCCCUUCUUAGUACUCAAAGUGAUAACAUUACUAAAGAGAUAAACAUCAUAACUAACACACAUAAAUCAAAUAAUUGGAGUCUUCCUUAAUGGAUCAUUUCAAAGAAUUUUGAUAUUUGUAUUAUAACUUUCUCAAAGGGCCUGCUGAAUAAAUUUGGUAUUGUUAGAGUAGUUUAUUAAUAAAUAGAAUUUUAAUGCAUAUAAUUUGAAGCUUGAUUCAUCCCAAUAGAAAAAACGUGUUAUAUUGGUAUUGUCAUAUUUGGUCCAUGAUUUUCUAAUUAGACUGACUCAUCUACAAAGGGCUCCAUGAUUUUGACAUGAUCUAGUAUAAUUCGUCAUUGUAGGUUAGGCAACCAAUUUUACAAUUAAAAGAAUAUUUCCGCAAUCUGUAUGUCAACAUAAUUUGAAAAAUGUUUAAAUUAAAAUAAAAGUUAACGAUUGAU